AGUGUUAUUCUAUGGAAUUGGCACAAUCAAUGUAGGACUAUUUCAUCAACAAUGGCUUUUCUCCUAACUUGACUGAGCCUGGUCCUCAUAACAUAAGUGGGGUUGCAGUACAGGAUGUUUAGUCAUUGGUGGAUUUACAUUUUUAAUAAGAGUAACACUUGAUGGUUAUGAUGUGAACUCAAAUUUGUUGAUAAUGGGAAACCAGUAAGCCCUCCAAUGCUACCACUGAGGAAAGGGGAAGCCUUAUUGGGUUGGUUAUCAUAGUCUUUGAUGGCAGCCCCCUUUUCAUACCUGUAAUAGACCUUGUUGCAAAAUGUUUAGAACUAAGUUGAACUGACCAUUCUGUGGCGUUCGCUUCCUCUCGCAUCCUCCCUCACCUAAAACAAAGAAAUGCAAUUCAUUCUGCGUACAUCUCAAUAGUUAAGCGGUCUAGUCGAUAUGAAAAUGGAAUACCAACAGAUUCUUUCACCUGUCAAUUUCUUAUAUCUAACCAGAACGUUUCAUUAAUUUUGAAUUGGCUUAUUUAACCCGGGUGCCACCUACUGGCUGGAUUAAGUCUCACAUGUUAGAGACUUAAUGCAUUCCUUGUAAAUCAAUAUAGUGCCUAUGAAAUGGACUUCAAGCCCCUACCCUAGACACGUGAAGAUGUCUGAAAGGCGUGAAUACAAUAUGGCUGACAUUCUACAUAGCCUAUCAGAGGGUAAGGUGGAACUAUUACCAUACUAACUCUAUAACGGAGUUCGAUAACUGAUGUAUCUGGUUUUCAGGGAUACAGCUAAUUCAAUCUAGCUUCCUUUUCUGCUGAUAACCGGGUGUGGGAACUCCGCUCAGUCGUUUACUUUUACACCAACUACAUUAGGUUAGCUUAAGCCAGGACAAUCCUUUAAAGGCAAGUGCAGUCAAAAUCCUAUUUUUCCUGUGUUGUGUAUCAUAUUGUACAACAUCGGAUUAAACGAACACUGUAAAAGUGUGAAAAAUACAAUAUAGACAGAACCUUCUAAUCAGCUGGUUUGAAUGGGCGGGAAUUUCGGCUUGCCUGGUGACAUCACCAAUUGGUGAAUUGACCAAUAACAAAGAGUUCCAAACCUCUGCAAAUAACAGUUUUCAGUUUUCCCCUCAGACCACUCACAGACAGUCCUAGCAAAAUUCUUGGUUGAGAAUUUUUUGUUACUAAAGAAGCUAUUUUUGUCUAUUUUAAUGGACAACUAUUACAGUAAAGUACUUAAUUGUUACAAAAAAAUUAUUUGAUAUUUAUAUUUAAAAAACCAUCUACAUCCCUAGGUAGUAGGUAGGGCCUAGGGGCCAAUUAGAGGUUGUGCAAACCUUCUGAAAAGUGAUUGGUUAACCCAGGAUUCCACCUGUUCUCAAUUAAGUAGUGAUUUUAACUUGAAGUUGUUUGGUCCUCAGUAGAGUAUUUUGGCUUACUGAUAUUGGAAACGCUGACUGCAUGUUAUCUUGUGUUGAGGUUCAUAAACAAUACUUUUAGUUUUAUCAAUUUUUUUGUUGGAGUGUAUUUUUCCUGACUCGUAAACCAUCAAUCUAUUUCAUUCAGUACUAUGGCUUCCUCCGGUCACAUGGCAACGAUCAUUGAUUUGACCCAUGAUGACACAGUACUUGAUGCAAUGGAGUCUACGUGCAAUGAUCUCCAUGCGUGUAAUCCCCAUCGAGACGUGCUCUCAGAACUCUCCUCUAUUGCUUCCAUGCAGAGUGAGGUGUUGGACACUGCAGAGCGGCAGCAGAAACACCAGCAGUUGAGGGUCUACCUAAGGGUGAGGCCCUUUUCCAAGGAUGAGAUCUCCAACAAUGAGGACCAGGGUUGUGUGGUUCUUGAGAAUGCCAGCACGGUAAUGUUACAUGCGCCCAAAGGCUCUGCUACCAUGAAAAGCAGUGAGAAGGGCAUUGGCCAGGCGACGCAUCAAUUCUCAUUCUCUCAGAUCUUUGGGCCUGAGACGAAGCAGGCAGAUCUCUUCGACGGCACCAUCAAAAGCCAAGUAAACGAUUAUCUGGAGGGGAAGAAUGCUCUGGUCUUCAGCUAUGGUGUGACCAAUGCAGGCAAGACCCACACAAUUCAAGGAUCCCAGAAAGACCCUGGUAUUCUCCCCCAGGCGUUGGAUGUCAUCUUCAGACGCAUCAAAGGGAGACAGUAUGAGAACAUGGAUCUGAAGCCGUACCUCAGUAGCGACGCUCAGUACCUAGGGCCUGACCAGGUCAAACAGGAAAGAAACACCAAAGCAGCUGUAUUUGCUCUACUCAAAGAGGAAAAUGAACCCCCACGAGUCAGUGGAGUUUCAUCCUACUCGUCCUCUACGGGAAGCCUCUCCUUCUCAGUCUCCUAUGAUAACACUGAUAACACAGUUGAGUUUGUGGAUGCGUCGUCUGGUGAGCGGGACCGGAGCCUGUUCGCCAUGUGGGUGUCGUUCUACGAGAUCUACAACGAGAGUGUGUAUGACCUGCUGCAGGCGUCGCCUACCUUCAAGACAAAGAGACGCACAGCCCUCCGUGUGUGUGAGGACAGUGCGGGCAACUCGUAUGUCAGAGAUCUAAAGUGGAUCAAUGUUCACAACUUAGAGGAGGCAUGCAAAAUUCUCAGAGUUGGAAAUAAAAACCGAAGUGCUGCUUCCACUAAGAUGAACCAUUCAUCAAGCAGAAGCCACAGCAUAUUUACCAUCAAAUUACUGAGAAUUGAUGGAACUGUGGUUCAGAGUAUGUCAGAACUCUCUCUGUGUGACCUGGCUGGCUCGGAAAGAUGCGGCAAAACUAAGACAUUUGGGGAGAGGCUGAAGGAAGCAGGGAACAUCAACAACUCUCUGCUCAUCCUGGGGAAAUGCAUCGCUGCCCUGCGCAGCAACCAGAGUGAUGGGAUGAAGAACGGCUAUAUUCCCUUCAGGGAGAGCAAACUGACCCGUCUCUUCCAGUCCAUCUUCUGUGGGAAGGGCCGAGCCUCCAUGAUUGUGAACAUCAAUCAGUGUGCAUCCACAUAUGACGAAACUCUCCACGUCAUGAAGUUCUCUGCCAUCGCCAAGCAGGUGGUCCAACUGAUCCCAACAAAGUCUCUAGAGUCUCUAACCCCGCGGCUGGUGGGGCGCGAUGGGAAGCCUCUGCUGAAGAACGGGGUCAUCGACGACCAGGCUCUAGAGCACUACCUGUCUGAAGAAGAGCUGCUGGAUGAAGAUGAAGCAGACAUGUCCAUUUUACCCCAGGAGGAUCUCCUGAAUGUGAUCGAGAAUCUCAGGACCAAGCUCCUGGCUGAGCGACGGAAGAACUUGGUCCAGGAGAUUGACAUCCGCAAGGAGAUGGGAGACGCUAUGCUGCAGCAACUCAUGGAGAGCGAGGAACUCAGGAAUCGUCAGGUGGCUGAGCUGAAGGAGAGCUACCAGGAGAAGCUGGAGAACACAUUUGAGAUGUACAAGGAUGCCCUAAAGGACCAUGCCUACCAGCGGGCGCUGGAGCGCGUAGAGGAUGAUUACGUACCCCUUGAUGAGUUCAUCGCUGAGCAGGAGAAAGUAGAGGCACUAGAACAGAAGCUGUCUGAGAUGGAACGGAAGCUGUCAGGUUCCACAGUGGGUUCAUUUAUGGUUCCAACCAAAGAUAACUCGAGCCAGACAGAGAGCAUCUCACCACCACCACCUGUGGCUAUGGAGGAAGGGUCAACGGAAGUCUCAGCAGGUGAUGUCAUCACAGCUGUUUCCAAAGAUGCAGAGAGAUGCAAACUCCUUUUGAAAGAAAAAAGUGCAGUGGAGAAACUCUGUGAGCAGAAACAAGCGCUGAUUGUGUCUUUGGAAAAAAGGAUAACAGUUCUGAAUGAUGCACUACGUGAGGCCGGAGACUGCUUCUUUGAAAAAACGGCAGAAAUAGAGACUUUACAUAAGAAGCUAGCUGACCAGCGUCAUAUCUCUGUUUCUCAGGCACAGGAUCUGGAGAGUAUAGGUAAGGGCAAUCUGGAGAAGGACAAAGAACUGGCGGCGUUAAAAGAAGAGCUGGCCAAGCUAUCCCAGAAGUCCCCUGUCCAGUCCAAGCCCAAGCGUGGUUUCAUGGCCAACAUUAGGCAAUCUGUGACGUCGCCACGAACAAGCACCAUUGCCAGGACACUGAGGAAAUCUGUCAGGACCACACCCUUGCUGAAAAAGCCCUUCCACUAACUACAGUCUUCCCCACGUUUUAAAUGUUUUAGGGCACUAUACAAUCUGUAUCGCUGAAGCGUUACAGAUUGCGUGAUAGAAAUAUAAAGGUAAUUUCCAAUUGAUCCGACAUGAAUGCGGUCUCUGCAACUCGGGAACAUUUCCAUCACACUAACGCUGAACUUCAGCGAUGCGGAUUGAAAAGCGCUCUUAGUUCUCUGUUUUUCUAACUCUUAAAUAAAAUGUAUAUUGAA